AUGCUCAUAAAACACUUUAAACUUCCAUUUGGCUACAAGGCCAAAAGAGUCGCUCUAAACAAUAAAAAUAAGCCUGAUUUCAUAUCUCAUUUGCCAAAGGAAUUGCUGCAGUGUAUCUAUCAGCAGCUGGAUAGUCAAGACAUUGAUGCCUUCAACCAGACAUGCCGAUCGUUCCAUAGCGUGGUGAUCCAGCCUUCGUCCAAAGCUGCCUGGAUUAUGGCCCACUACGGUGCAAGAUUUGCUCUGUAUUAUGCAUUAUUGGCCAUCCCGCAACAUUGCCAUGGUGAUUUCCUACAUAUGCUCUUCAAUCGAGGAGCUGCUGUGCCACGCCACCUGCUGCAACGCUUGAUCCAAGUCUACCUCAAGCCCAUUGAAAAGCGUCGUCGUCGCUCUAGCUUUGAUACAUUUGAUUUGGAUGCCUUCUUUGCUCAACAGGUACAGCUAUUGUCGUUUGAUGGUUAUGCAACUAUCCUCCAAAAGGGCCAUGAGCUGUAUGGCAAUGAUUUGGACCUGGCAGCCAACUACCAUGACCUCAAGAGUAUGCCAGCAUCCACUGAUUGGUAUUUCCCUGCUCCCGCACCUGUUGAUACCAAUUUGAGACCACUACUCAAGCUGGCUCAAACUGAACCUGCUCUAUUCGCUUUGAUGGAUCCUGUGUUUACCUUUGAUCCAGUUGCGCGUGCCUCACUUUGGGAAGCUGCGUUUUUGAUCUUGUUUGAUGAAGCAUUUAGAGCCACUGCUCCUACUCAAGAAAGACAAGCUCAGUUACUCAACUUGCCAUUAUCAAGCCAAGUACGCUUAGUGGGUCCUCUGACGGAUCAGCAACUGUUCUGCCAAGUGUUUGCGAAUUUUUUCACCAAAUAUCCUGUCGGUUAUUGCCCAUCAAGAACCAUGCACAAACUACUAGCAUUGCUCAAGCAGUACGUCAAGCCUAGCUUCAACAUUGACGUGGCAUUGGAGCAUAUGGUGCAUGCCAAUCUAGGUCGCUCAGAUACCAUUGAAUCAGUAGACAAGUUCUUGAAGCAAAAGUAA